AUGUCGGGUGCAGAUGGCGAUGCCGUGAUACCUGGGGCAGCGCAGGCCUGCCAGAAUGACAGAAUGGGAACAGGGAAGAGCAGCAAUGCAACAGAAUGGGGUCAGCUUUGGUGCACCACUACGAAGGCCAUCUCUGAAGGUGAAGAGCUAAUUGCCUUUGUGGUAGAUUUUGACUCAAGGCUACAAGCUGCCAGUCAGAUGACUCUCACGGAAGGGAUGUACCCUGCACGACUGUUGGACUCAAUUCAACUGCUUCCUCAGCAAGCUGCCAUGGCUUCUAUUUUGCCUACAGCUAUUGUCAAUAAGGAUAUAUUCCCUUGCAAGUCCUGUGGUAUCUGGUACCGGAGUGAGCGGAACCUGCAAGCCCAUUUGAUGUACUACUGUAGUGGGAGGCAAAGAGAAAUUGCUUCAGUGUCAGAAGAAAAUGAAGACAGUGCUCACCAGAUUUCCAGCCUGUGCCCCUUCCCACAGUGCACCAAGAGCUUUUCAAAUGCCCGAGCACUGGAAAUGCACCUAAAUUCACACAGUGGAGUGAAAAUGGAAGAGUUCCUACCCCCUGGUGCUAGUCUGAAAUGCACCAUCUGUAGCUAUACUGCUGAUUCUGUGAUCAACUUCCACCAACACCUGUUUUCCCAUCUCACUCAAGCUGCCUUCCGAUGCAACCACUGCCAUUUUGGCUUCCAGACUCAGAGGGAAUUACUGCAGCAUCAGGAACUCCAUGUCCCUGGUGGCAAACUUCCCAGAGACAGCGACAUGGAACACUCACCAAGUGGAACAGAAGACAGCUUACAGCCAGCCACAGACUUACUGGCUAGAAGUGAACUCCCACAGAGCCAAAAGGCCAUGCAGACUAAAGAUGCAAGCUCUGACACAGAGCUGGACAAGUGUGAGAAAAAGACUCAGCUCUUUCUCACUAACCAGAGACCAGAGAUACAGCAGCCCACAACAAACAAACAAAGUUUUUCUUAUACAAAAAUAAAGUCUGAGCCCUCCAGCCCAAGGCUUGCCUCCUCUCCAGUUCAGCCUAACAUUGGGCCUUCUUUCCCUGUGGGCCCUUUCCUCUCUCAGUUUGCUUUUCCCCAAGAUAUCACAAGUCCCCAGGCUUCAGAAAUCUUAGCCAAGAUGUCUGAGCUGGUUCACCGGCGACUGAGGCAUGGAAGUAGUAGCUACCCUCCUGUAAUUUACAGCCCCUUGAUGCCUAAAGGGGCUACUUGUUUUGAGUGCAACAUAACAUUCAAUAACUUGGAUAAUUAUCUAGUGCACAAAAAACAUUACUGCAGCAGCCGAUGGCAGCAGAUGGCCAUCCCAGAGUUCCCUGGUGUCUCAGAAAAGAUACCAGAAGCGGUGAGUCCUAACACUGGUCAAACCUCCAUAAAUCUUCUCAACCCAACUGCUCAUUCUGCUGACCCUGAAAAUUCACUUCUUCAAACAUCCUGCAUCAAUUCUUCCACCGUUUUAGAUUUAAUUGGGUCAAAUGGAAAGGGCCAUGACAAGGACUUUUCCACUCCAGCUAAGAAGCUCUCCAGCUCCAAUAGCAAUGAUGACAAGAUUAACGGAAAACCCGUUGAUGUGAAAAAUCCCAGCGUCCCUUUAGUGGAUGGGGAAAGUGACCCAAAUAAGACUACUUGUGAAGCUUGCAACAUUACCUUCAGCCGACACGAGACAUACAUGGUCCACAAACAGUAUUAUUGCGCAACCCGGCACGACCCUCCACUAAAGAGGUCUGCUUCCAACAAAGUGCCUGCCAUGCAGAGAUCCAUGCGCACGCGCAAGCGAAGGAAGAUGUACGAGAUGUGCCUACCUGAGCAGGAGCAGAGACCUCCACUGGUCCAACAGCGAUUUCUUGACGUAGCCAACCUCAGCAAUCCUUGUACCUCCACUCAAGAACACAGCGAAGGGCUAGGAGAGUGCUACCACUCAAGAUGUGAGCUCUUUCCCGGAAUCGUCUCAAAGCACCUGGAAACUUCUCUAACGAUGAACAAAUGUGUUCCAGUUUCCAAAUGUGACACUGCGCAUUCCAGUGUUUCCUGCCUAGAGAUGGACGUGCCCAUUGAUCUCAGCAAAAAGUGUUUAUCCCAGUCUGAGCGGACGACCACCUCUCCCAAAAGGCUGCUGGACUACCACGAGUGCACUGUGUGCAAGAUCAGCUUCAAUAAGGUGGAGAAUUACUUGGCCCACAAGCAGAAUUUCUGCCCUGUUACUGCACAUCAGCGUAAUGACCUGGGCCAACUCGACAGCAAAGUAUUUCCGAAUUCAGAGAGCGAACGGAACAGCCCCGAUGUCAGCUUUGAGAGAAGCAUCAUCAAAUGUGAAAAAAAUGGGAAUCUGAAGCAGCCUCCUUCCAAUGGAAACUUAUUUUCAUCCCACUUAGCGACACUGCAAGGCCUGAAAGUCUUCAGUGAAGCUGCUCAGCUCAUUGCUACAAAAGAAGAAAACAAGCAUCUGUUUCUUCCACAAUGCCUUUACCCUGGAGCAAUAAAGAAGGCGAAAGCAGCCGACCAGCUUUCCCCAUAUUACGGCAUAAAGCCAAGCGAUUAUAUUUCUGGUUCUCUUGUCAUCCAUAAUACUGAGAUAGAGCAAAGCACAACUGCAGAAAAUGAAUCUCCUAAAAGCCAGGCUUCCUCAAAUGGGUGUGCUGUGCCGAAGAAAGAUUCUCUGCCAUUGUUGCCCAAAAAUAGAGGCAUGGUGAUAGUGAAUGGUGGACUGAAGCAAGACGAGAGGCCUGCUGCCAACCCACAGCAAGAGAACAUUUCCCAGAAUCCUCAGCAUGAAGAUGGCCACAAAUCGCCCUCAUGGAUCUCUGAGAACCCGUUAGCUGCAAAUGAGAAUGUCCCAGGAAUUCCCUCAGCAGAGGAACAGUUGUCUAGUAUAGCAAAAGGCGUGAAUGGCUCCACCCAGGCCCCAACCAGUGAAUAUUGCCGGCUGUGUGAUAUCCAGUUCAAUAACCUUUCAAACUUUAUAACUCACAAGAAGUUCUAUUGUUCGUCACAUGCCGCUGAACAUGUCAAAUGA